AUGGACAAAGCCCCAUUCAGUCUCUCUUAUGAAAGAAAGAAGAACGGUGAAGCAAUUCCUCCAUCAAGCAAGCACAUCACAUCCAAAGCUUGCAUCGGCAUUGAUACCGCUCCUGUCCCUCCUGUCAUCAUUUAUAAAGGCGCUUGUCUCCCAGAAAACUGGACCACAGUUACAGUGACUUCUGACUCUGGUUGGACCAACAGUCAUAUAAUGAUCAAGUGGUUGGAAGAUGUUUUUGACCCUUACACCAGGGAUCUCGCUCAAGGUCGCCAACAUCUUCUGUUCCUUGAUGGUGGUGGAAGCUCGUACCAAAGUGGACUGACUUCCUUGAAGCUUGUUGGACUCGUAAUAUUUAUCUUGAAAGCUCGUUACUUUGAUCGAUUGAAGACAUAUCAAUUCGGUGCAGCGGACUCUUCUGCCGCAAAGGGGAUGUUCUGGGCAUGGCAUCAGCAGGCUUGGAGGGAAACGGCGACAUCUAGACAGAUGCGGGGAGCAUGGAGAAAGGCUGGGACUAUGGCCAUUGGAUUUUAA